AAUUGCGCUUGCCCUAAGGAAAGCAAAUUAGACAAGUGAACAUCAGUUGCAGAAAAGCGAGCAUAGAAGAAAACUUCACUGCAUUCAAAGUUUCAAACUCAACACAGAUCUGAGACAGAGACAGUGAACAAGGACGAACAAGAUGGGUCGCCAAGCGUUAACCAAGCUGAUCGCCACCUUCGCCUCCCGCCGCGGCCACUCCAUCCGCCACUUCACGGCGAGUCCCACUCCCUCCCCCGCCGUCUUUGUUGACAAGACCACCCGCGUCAUUUGCCAAGGCAUUACCGGCAAGAACGGCACCUUCCACACCGAGCAAGCUAUCGAAUACGGCACCAAAAUGGUGGGUGGUGUGACACCAAAGAAGGGUGGUACGGAGCAUUUGGGUCUACCUGUGUUCAACACUGUUGCGGAGGCGAAGGCUGAGACGAAGGCCAAUGCUUCAGUCAUCUAUGUUCCUCCACCUUUUGCCGCGGCAGCAAUUAUGGAAGCCAUGGAGGCUGAAUUGGAUCUUGUUGUUUGCAUCACUGAAGGCAUUCCCCAGCAUGAUAUGGUAAAAGUUAAAGCUGCUCUUAACCAGCAGUCCAAAACUCGUUUGAUAGGACCAAACUGCCCUGGUAUCAUCAAGCCUGGGGAAUGCAAAAUCGGAAUCAUGCCUGGUUACAUUCAUAAACCUGGCCGUAUUGGAAUUGUAUCUCGUUCUGGUACCUUGACAUAUGAAGCGGUUUUCCAAACGACUGCUGUUGGCCUUGGACAAUCCACUUGUGUCGGUAUUGGAGGAGAUCCCUUUAAUGGAACAAACUUUGUUGAUUGCCUUGAGAAAUUCAUUGCAGACCCUCAGACAGAAGGUAUCAUUCUUAUUGGAGAGAUUGGAGGAACUGCAGAAGAGGAUGCUGCUGCAUUAAUCAAGGCAAGUGGUACCGAGAAGCCUGUUGUUGCAUUUAUUGCUGGAUUAACUGCUCCCCCCGGCCGUCGUAUGGGCCAUGCUGGAGCUAUUGUCUCGGGCGGCAAGGGCACCGCACAAGACAAAAUCAAAACCUUGAGGGAAGCUGGCGUCACCGUUGUGGAGUCCCCUGCCAAAAUUGGAGUCGCUAUGCUAGAUGUUUUCAAGCAGAGGGGUUUGGUGCAAUAGUUUGGGUUCAUUUGACUUUUAAUCAAACCAUAUUGGUUUUUGUUGUCUAUAACACAAUCGGAAAACUUGAUCCCCAUUGAUAGCAAUGGGACUUUUUCCUUUUUCCCCCAAAGAAAGGCUGAGAGGUGCAUUAAAAUAAAAAAAAGUUAAAAAGUCA